AUGGCACCGCGGCCGGCGGCUGCGCUGCUGGGGGCGCAGCUGCUGGUGCGGCUCGCGGGGGCGGGUCUGCAGGUGGGAGCCGGGGAGGCUUGGGCGGGCAAGGGGCAGGCCGCGUGGGAUCUGCCCUCCUGCGUGGGGGAGGCCGCCGGCCACGGCGGCGGCUGCCCGCCUGGCACGGCGGCGGCGUGCUGGCCCGACGCGGGGCAGAAGUGGGCGUGCUGGAGCACCUCGCAGGUGCCCAUUUGGUUCUCCAGGCGGGCCGUGGCGGACGCGGUGUGUCGGGCAUGGCCAGUCGAGGGCGCGACCAUGGAGGAGGGUCAGUACUACAGCGGCGCCUGCACGUUUCUCCCAGGGCACUCCCCGCCGGAGAUGUCCGACCUCCUCGCCUGGGACGAUGCGUACGAGGAGGCGGCCGUGACUCUUAGCAGGAUGGAGGGGCGGGAGAAGUACCUGCUGCUCCAGGGCCUCGGCUGGGAGUGGCCCGAGGGCCAGGAGAUAGGCGCUGGCUUCUGGGACCUCAAGAAGUGGUACUACGUGGGAAACACGGCUCCGAUCCCCCGCGUCGGCGUGCCGAGCCUCAACAUGCAGGACUCUUCCGGGGGGUUCCGGCCAUAUUGGGAGGAGAUGGUGGGGACCGUGACUGGAUGGCCCUCCUCCCUGGCGCUGGGUGCGACCUGGGACCUGGACGCGGUGAGGCUCAUUGCGCUCUCGUUGGCUCAGGAGGUGACCCAGAAGGGCGGCAACACCAUUCUAGGACCUGGCGUGAACGUCCACAGGAGCGAGUGGGGUGGACGCAACUUCGAGUAUAUUGGUGGGGAGGACCCGUAUCUGGGUUCCAAGCUUGGCGCGGAGUACAUUCGAGCGAUGCAGUCGCAGGGGGUCAUGUCUGUCGUCAAGCACUGGGUGUUCAACGAGCAGGAGACGUUUCGGGAUAGUGGCUCGUCCAACGUGGACAAGAAAACCGCUUGGGAGCUCUACUACCCCCCUUUCCAGGCAGCCGUGGAUGCAGGUGUUGUAGCAGCGAUGUGCUCCUACAAUAAGAUCGACGGCGUGCACUCGUGCGAGAACUCGGACACGCUCUCGGACCUCAAGAGGGGCAUGGGCUUCAAGGGCUUUGUGCAGUCGGAUUGGUGGGCCACCCACAGCACAGCCCUGAAGGAGGGGCUGGACCAGGACAUGCCUGGGAUCGGCGAUUUUGGCAUCGGGAACAUGGGCAAUUGGUCCAACCUUGGAGCUAACGAGACCAAGAAGACUUGGUACUCCCCUUCCCUCUUGGACGAACAGCCCGAGGACCUCGUCGAUGCCUCCUGCCUCCGGAUCCUGGCGGCCAUGAGCCGCGUGCGGGUCCGGAGCAACGCGUGCAGCCCCCCGUCGUGCGCGGAGAUGCUGAAGAGGAACGUCACCAGUGGCAUCUACUCGGCCCUGGCGCGCUCCGUCGCGGCAAGCUCCGUGGUGCUGCUGAGCAACCGCAACGACACCCUGCCCCUGGCGGCUCCCGGGGUCAAGACGAUCGCGGUCGUGGGCAGCGCCGCGGUGGCCGUGCCCUAUGACCCCAACGGCAAGGGCCAGGGCGAGGGCGAGUGGUGGACCGGGGUGGCGCGGAAGGCUGGGGGCACCUCGGGCCAGGACAACUUCCAGCAGCACCCGAGCAUCACCAUGCGCCCGCAGGACGUGGUCACGCCGCUGGCCGGCAUCACCGCGGCCGCGCAGGCGCGCGGCAUCAGCGUGGUCAGCUACACCGGCAAUUCGACCGCGGGCGCGGUGGCCCUGGUGCAGAAGGCGGACGUCACGAUCGUGGUCGGCGGCGCCAUCAGCGGCGAGUCACAAGACCGCGACACGCUGCAGUUGCAGGACGGAGCCGACGAGCAGAUCCGCGCAGUGGCCAACGCGUCGAGUGGGUCGAAGAAGACGGUUGUGCUCCUGCAGGUGCCAGGUGCCGUGGUGAUGCCGUGGCGCAACGCGGUUGACGCCAUCCUCAUCGCCUUCCAUCCUGGCCAGCAGGCAAGGACGGGCUACCGCAGCGGCAGGCCCGCCGCCUUUCCGUUCGGGCACGGCCUCACCUACACGACCUUCGUGUACGAGCCGCUGCAGACCGGCCCCUGCGACGGCGGCGACCGCUGGCUCUGCGUCUCCGUGCGGGUCCGGAACGUGGGCUCCGCCGCCGCGCAGGCCGUGCCGCAGCUGUACCUGGAGUUCGGCCCCGAGGCGGGGUACCCGACCCCGAUCCUGAGGGGCUUCCAGAAGACGGGCAUCAUCCUCCAGGGCGGCUCCGAGGUUGCGACGUUUGCGCUCUCGGAGCGCGACCUGUCCUACUACGACGCGGGAAGGUCCGACAGGUGGGUGCUGAGCUGCGAGAUCACGGCCCACGUGGGCGAGUCGUCUGCGGACCACCGGCAGCACCUGGACCUGGGCGGGGCCAUCUCCGAGCACGUGUCGGCCGCGUGCGGGGCGCCCGCGGGCCCGCCGGUGUUUGCCACGGCGGGCGCCCUGCUGCUCCUGCUCGCCGGUCUCGGCGGGCGGAUGUCCGCAGGAAGGCCGCGCCGCCGUGCGCUCCUGCCCAGGCCAUUGGCACCGACGCCCGCGGCAUCUCCACGGAGACUCGAUGCCGACGAGGACACGGCGUAG